CAGUGCGCACUAAACCGCCAACGGAUUUACACAUUUUCAGUGUUAAGCGUGAAAUAAAGUGUAAUAUGCCCUUCAACAGAGUAUAUUUAUCUAAAUAAUAAAUUGACAAGUAAACUCGCGGUUGUGUUUAAUAUUAAUAUUAAUCUCAAGAGCGGAAACUUUGUCGAAGAGUAAAUUAAUUAAUUGUACGUCUUCUGCUCUCAGACACUCUACUCAUGGAUUCGUAAUGUCUAAUUCAGACAUGUCUUAUCAUUAUUUAAUGAUUAAUCGUUGCUCAAUGCAACUUAUCAAUCUUAAACCAUGAUCCACUAAUUUAUUAAUUAUUUAUUUGUGCUGUGUUGUGCUUUUAUUUUUUAUUUCGUUUUAUUAACACCUUUGAUAUUUUAAUAAUAAAUAUCAAGUGUUUAUUUUUUAUUAAAUCCAGUGGAUUUAUUUGGUAUUGUCAUUUUUUUUAUCAUGGAAGAAAUUCGGCUUACAAUGGAUACAUCUUAUCAUAUUCAUGGAGUAUGUCACACGGAAGAUGACAGCGAAACUAUGCGGUUACAGAAUAAAACGAGAUCCAGCUCAAACGCCUGCAGAAACACUCCUCAAAGGACGUCAAAGACCCCUGGUGGGUGGAGCUCGAGUAGUUGGAGUAGUAGUUGGAAGCUGAUACUGUUGAUAAACGUGAGUCUUUUCGCAACAGCAAACUCAGCAUUUUGCCCGAGCGGAUGUACCUGUGAUGACGAAGCCCUCGUUGUCUCUUGUGUAGGCGUUAAUCUCGAUGUUAUUCCAAUCGCGCUUAAUCCCUCGACGCAGAGGAUAGUCCUCAAGGAGAGUCGCAUACGGAUGGUAGACGCAGCAGCCUUCCAAUUCUAUGGGGACCUGAAAAAUGUCGACCUCUCGAGCAAUCAUUUGUUUACCAUUCCAAAUGGAAGUUUUGCCGCCCAAAAGAAUCUCGUAGAGCUUCAUCUUAAACACAACAAAAUAUCCGCCCUGACCGAAAAAACCUUCCAGGGUUUGGUCUCUCUUACAGUACUUAAUUUACGCGACAAUUAUUUAGAAACGUUGACCAACGGAUUGUUUACUUCACUAACGAAGCUAGAAGAGCUUGAUCUGGGACAGAAUAGGAUUUCAAAAGUCGAGCCAGGCGCAUUUCAAAAGUUAGGCGCCCUACGUGUCUUGUAUUUAGACGACAAUCAGUUAAAGUCAAUUCCCUCGCCGGCAUUGGCGCCCCUAAAUGCUCUUGCUGAGCUACACAUCGGGUUGAAUGGAUUCUCAGCGCUUCCGGAUGAAGCUUUUAAAGGCCUGGAACGGCUCGCGGUGUUAGAUUUAAUGGAUGCCGGGCUGGACAACAUAAGCGAGGGGGCUUUUCGGGGUCUGGAUUCAUUAAGAUCCCUAAAACUCGGGGGCAACAAGUUACGUGAAGUCCCGACAAAGCAGCUAUCGUUAUUAAGCCGGCUGGAGGAACUAAUUCUCGGGCAAAAUUCGUUUACGAUGCUUCGCUCUGGUGCAUUUACAAGUUUGUCGAAUCUGAAGAAGCUGGAUAUAUCUGGAGCUAAAUUACUGACGACAGUGGAGCGUGGUGCGUUUGCCGAUAAUGGUAAUCUUGAGACGUUAAUCCUGAAAAGUAAUCGUCGACUAACUACCAUGGAAGACGGUGCACUGGCCGGUUUACCGAAUCUACGUCACUUAAUGCUACGGGAUAACGCUUUUACGAGUUUUCCAGAAUCUUUAGUAGCGUGGGGUGAAUUACGUCGACUUGAUUUGAGUGAAAAUCCGGUCGUUUGUGACUGUAAUCUUCUGUGGCUGGCUGAAGUUUUAGUUGCUCGAAAUUCAAGUCCUGUGAUUUGCGCAGAACCUAAUGAAUCCCGUGGUAAACCGCUAAAGGGUAUGGAACCUGAUGAAUUGGGUUGUGCCUUCUCAGAUCCCAGAAAGCAGGCGCUUAUAGCCACUGUGUGUGCCGCGGGUUUGGCUUUGUUUGCUGGAAUGGCAUUCUUCCUCUACUACCGCUGUCGCAAGCGUGUUCGUGACGCCCUAAAGGAUUACAAGUGGAAGAACCGGGCGAUAUCCCGAAAGGAACACGAGUAUCAGAAGACAUUUUCCGACGAAGAGUACAUUGUCCGUACCCACGGAGCUCACCAUCACCGACAGCACCCAGCUCACUCCCUGCAGCAGCAACAGCAGCAUCAACAGUCGGCUCCGAUCGAUAACAAUAACUCUGUGAUAACCAGCAAUGGAUCUGCACGACACAUGAGUCAUUCGCUAAGACGGAAUCCCCCAGCUCUUCCGGCUCGGGCUGACUCUUGUCGCAUUGUCAACGACGAGCAUCAUUCAUCAUCCCAAAGGGAGAAGCAACACUCACCUCCGUGUCCUCAAUCAUCGUAUCCUACUUUACCGAUAAACGGUCACUCGACAGUUUCCUCUUACUAUUACCGGGAGCAACGUGACAAUGCUAGUAGUAGUAGUAGUAGUAGUAAUCCUUCUCGAGAGAGAGAUAGAGACAGAGACAGAGACAGAGAGAGGGAACGGGAACGGGAACGAAGUAUCCGUGAUCGAGAGUUACCUCCGCUUCCGCCUCACAGAAACAAUGAGCCAAUGGAACUUGAGAUCCACGACCAGUUGGGUAGCAACGCUGGAUACAGAGAAUAGAUAAAUAUCCUAUCUAUAGUCUAGGGAUUUUAAUUUAACUGCCGAAAAUAAAAUCAAGACUGAUAUUGAUGGUUAUCCAUGCACAGAGCUUCUUCCCUCCUUAUUCCGAAUCGAGUUUUAAGAGGAUACCUACCCCAGUAUCAAUACCAAUUGGAUUCAAGAUUCAGAGUCCAAGAUAAACAAUGAGAGUGUGUCAAAUUGCCAACCAACUGAAAUAAACAGAAAGAAAGAGUUAAUGGGCUAGCUAGCUGGUUGUUUUUUUUUUUUUUUUCAAUAUUUUUUUUUUCAUUCUUUUUUUCAAAUUUAAUGAUACUAGUACUACUGGUGAAUUCUUCCGAGGCAGCUCAUCACGGGAUCCGGGUAUAAAGUCAAGACUGAAAUACGUCUAAUAAGACAACACAUUCCUCGGGUAUUUAUUUUAAAUGUCACCGGAAUGUCGUGAGUCACUCUGUAAUUAUAUAUUAUAUAUUACAUAUAUACUAUAUGUGUAAGUGUGUGUAAUUAUUUGCGGAUGUUACGUUAAUGGAUGAUAAUGAGAAUGUUAAAUGUUGAGAAUAACAAGGAAGAAAGAUAUUCUUCUAUAAGGAGUAGGUUCGAUAGCGGGAUAGAUAGUAAUUUAAAUUAUUAUUAUUAUUAUUAUUAUUGUUAUUGAUAUUAUUUAAUUUAAGAACAGUAACAAAAAUGAUGGUCUAAAAGAGGGAAUUUAAUUUUUAAAAAGGACUUGUUUACCUCUGGGUCUUGUAUUAUACAAACAUAAGAGAAUAAUAAUAAUAAAUAAAUAAAUAAAUAAUAUUGAAUCUGUUUUUGUUACUUAAACAGAUAAAUAUAUAAAUAUAAAUGUAUGAUUAUUUUCUCAAGUUAAAAGAGAGUAUUAAUAAUUAAGUACAUAUAAUAAAAAAGACUAUAUGUCAAAAUUAAAAAAAAAAAAUAUUUGUAGGUAUUGUAGAAAAGACCUUGAUGUGAAAAACAAAAUAAAUAUGUACCAGAGACGUGUUCACGCGUAAAAUAAUAAUAAA